AUGCGUUUACUAGAAUCAGUUCAUUCAAUAUAUUCACAUAUUUCAAGUGAACAUCAUCUUUCAUUGAAUACAAUUCAAAUGACACUGAUUUUAUAUACAAUUAAUGGAAGUUUUACAACAUAUGAUAAUAAAACGAAGAAUGAUAUAUAUUCAUCAACACAAAAUACAACAUCAAAACCGAAAAAACUUCUUAAAUAUGCUAAUGAUGAUAAAUUAUCUGGAAUUCAAUAUAUGUCUGAAGUUGGUUCACGUUGUGCUGAAGAUGGAUUUUAUGCUGAUCGUGAUGAUUGUCGUAAAUUUCAUGUUUGUUAUGGUGGUACACAAUCAGUUCGUUGGUGUAAAGAUGGAAUGCUUUGGGAUGAAACUAAAAUUGGUUGUAGUUUACAAAGUAUUACACCAUGUGUUGGUGGUCGAAAAAAAUGGGGUUAUGAUGAAGUUACAACAACAAUAUCAACAACAACAACAACAUCAACAAAUUCUCAAUUGAUCAGAGGUAAUUAUACAUGUCGACCUAGUGCAACAGGAUUUUUUGCUGAUCCAAGUUCAUGUUCAAUAUAUCAUUGGUGUGUAAUGGGAGUACUUCAAUCAACACAUCGUUGUAAUGCUGGAUUACAUUUUUCAUCAAGUGCUAAUGGAUGUUUAUGGCCAAAAGAUGCUGAAUGUGAAGGACAAAUUGCACCACCAUAUUCACCAAUUGAAUGUACAUCGGGUAGUUCAGGUUAUUUUCCUGAUCCUUAUGAUUGUUCGGUAUUUCAUUAUUGUGAUGGAGUGAAAACUCAAAGUGAUGCAUUACUUUGUUCAUCUGGCCUUAUUUGGAGUUCACGUUUGGAAAGUUGUGCUUGGCCUCAUGAAGUAACUGAAUGUCAAAAUUCAUGUCCACCAAAUUAUUCAAGUCAAAUGCGUUUUGCUGAUCCAGUUGUUUGUUCACAAUAUAUUCAAUGUGUUGAUGGUCAUUUAGAACAACGAACAUGUUCAAAUAAAUUAUUAUUUGAUCGUAUUACAAAAACAUGUAAACCAUAUGAACAAGCUGAAUGUCAUGGAGCUAAACCUGAACCUCCAGUAACAUCAACAACAACUAUUGCAUCAACUACAACUGCAGAUACUAUAUCAACUAAUCCAGGUUCAUCAGAAAUAAUUAAAAGACAACGUUCAACUCGAUUUAGUUGUGUUGUUUCCUCAUUAACAGCUGACGGUUAUUUUGGUGACGUUAAUGAUUGCCGCAUUUAUCAUGUAUGUGUCGAUGGACGUGAUUAUCGAUCAAUGUGUGCACCAGGUCUUGCGUGGGAGUCUUUAUUACGUUUAUGUAUGGCAGCUCACCUUGUUGGUUGCCAAAGUUCAAAAUCAUUUGAGCCACUUUCAGGAUCUUCAAACAAAAAAUGGCUUCAAUUAUUUACUCGUUCUGUUAGUAAAACAACAACGACAACAACAACCACAACAACAACAACAACAACAACAACAACAUUACCAUUUGGAUUACCAUCAAUUUUUACAUGUGCUAGUCGUCCUAAUGGUUACUAUCCAGAUCCUGUACAUUGUCAUAAAUUUCAUUAUUGUGCAACAGGUUGGCAUAGUGUAAUGGAAUGUGAUAACGGUCUGGCAUACUCAACUCGAGAUAAUGAUUGUGUACCUGUUGAUUUGGCCGAUUGUGGAAAGAAUAGGUUAAUGAGAAAAAGAUAUUAA